GAAUUAUAAGGCUAACAAAAACCAUGAAGUUUCCCCAGCUCAAACAUGAGCACCAUGAUAUUUAACAAAGUGAGUGAGAAGGUUGGAGGUGCAGAAGGAACGAAGUUGGAUGAGGACUUCAAAGAAAUGGAAAGGAAAGUGGAUGUCACCAGCAGGGCCGUCAUGGAAAUAAUGGCCAAGACAAUAGAGUAUCUUCAGCCCAACCCAGCUUCUAGAGCUAAACUCAGCAUGAUCAACACAAUGUCAAAAAUUCGAGGCCAGGAAAAAGGACCAGGCUACCCUCAGGCUGAAGCCCUGCUGGCAGAUGCUAUGCUGAAGUUUGGACGGGAACUUGGAGAUGAAUGCAAUUUUGGCCCAGCCUUGGCUGAUGUUGGAGAAGCUAUGAGAGAGCUUUCUGAGGUUAAAGAUUCUUUGGACAUUGAAGUAAAGCAAAAUUUCAUUGACCCCCUACAGAAUCUCCAUGACAAAGAUUUGAGAGAAAUACAGCACCACCUCAAGAAAAUGGAAGGCCGACGUCUGGACUUCGAUUACAAGAAGAAAAGACAAGGGAAGCUCCCAGAUGACGAACUUCGCCAAGCCCUGGACAAGUUUGAUGAAUCCAAAGAAAUUGCUGAGUCAAGCAUGUUUAACCUUCUGGAGAUGGAUAUUGAACAAGUGAGCCAGCUUUCUGCUCUUGUACAAGCCCAGCUGGAGUACCAUAAGCAGGCAUCACAGAUCCUACAACAGGUUACUGUCAAGCUGGAAGAAAGAAUAAAAGAUGCAUCGUCUCAGCCCAAAAGGGAGUACCAGCCGAAACCUCGCAUGAGCCUGGACUUUUCAAGUGGAGAUAAUACCCAGCACAAUGGAGGGAUCUCUCAUGCUGGCACACCAAAACCACCAGGAACAGCACACACCAACUGCAGGUGCUUCCUCAGCCUGACAAAGGGUUUUUCAACCCAAAAGCUGGCAUCCCAGGCAGCUAAGCUGAGCUCACCUGGACCCUCACAACUCUACUGCAACCAGCAAACCUCAGGUGUUCACAUGGACCAGCCAUGCUGCCGAGCUCUGUAUGACUUUGAACCAGAAAAUGAAGGGGAGUUGGGCUUUAAAGAAGGAGAUAUCAUUACCCUCACUAACCAGAUUGAUGAGAACUGGUAUGAAGGGAUGCUUCAUGGCCAGUCAGGCUUCUUCCCCAUCAAUUAUGUGGAUAUUCUAGUUUCUUUGCCCCAUUAGGAUGGCUGUUUCACCAUCUCUUGACCCACAUAGUUAUGUUGAUACCACUGCUUUCAAAAUGCUGCUUACUACAGCUCACAAGUGCAAGCUGCAGUGGUUAGAGUCAUCCAGUCCCACUGAGCAUCUUUGAUUUACAUGUUGUUAUGCUCUGUAGCGGUGAUGUGUGGUAUCUUCUGACCCAGCACAAUGUAGCAUGCAGGUUCACAGGCUAUGCUAUGUCAGCCUGUGAUGGUGACCAGGCCGUUGUUCAUAUGGUGUUGGGAAACAAAUAGCAAGCAAGAGUGAUGACGUGGAGUGAAGUAAUGGAAAGCAGUUGGAGUAUGGGGAAGAUAAUGCCCAUCACCACUGUACUACUUUUAAUUCUUAGUUCUUUAUAAAAAAGAGUUAAAAGUUCUUGCCAUUCCAUCUUUCCCUUCCCAAGGAUGUGGUUCACACAGGUCUAAUAUUGCCUAACCAGCAUUGUGUCUUCUGAUCAGUGACUCAGAAUCCAUUACUGUUCUCAGAGAGGCAGUAUGAUGUAGACCCUUUUGUUUCCCUGAAAGUGAACUACCAUUUUACUGUAUGUGCUGCUGACCUGCAGCUAGUUUUAUAUUCUGGAUUGUUAACUGAAGGCCUAUUCCAUCUGCAGGUAAAAUAUGAACCAUAGUAAAAAGGUCAGUAAUACAAAGUUGAGUUACAAGCCAAAUGUGUCUGCUCUUUAUAAAUGUUGAAAAUGAUAAAUGCAAUGCCAGCAGGAAGGGCAGGAUGGGGAAUAAAAUUCAUAUAAGUGUUAUCUCCUCUAUGUAAAGUUUUUGGCAUAAAAAAGCACCAUUAAAGCACCAGGAGCCCUUAGUAGACUCAUCCAAAAUUUUUUUUUAAAAUAACAGAAAAGUCCUUUUAUUUUUGUCUUAAGUUUGUGUUCUUUGAACAUCAUUUGUGCAUAUUCUGCCCUCAAUGAGGACUAAAUAAAAAUGAUUUUUCUUUGUGCUGAGCAAUUAAAGACUUGUGGCUGUGUCUACAAAAACUAUUCCCAUACGUUUUCUUUCUUUCUUUCUUUCUUCCCCCGUUUCUGCAACUUGUGUGUACAGUGCUGUGCCCAGCUUCCCAACAUUCUUUUUGUAACAGUUGUAAGAGUUCUAUUAGUUUAGUUUUCCAGAGUUCUAUUUAUCUAAACUGUACAGACUCUUUCAGAGGUUUAAUGUGCUGCUUCAGAUGUGCCACUUCAGUACUGGAACAUGUGAAAUAAAGGCAAUCCCCUACUGCUUAAUGUAUAAACUAUAUCAUGGAAAGUAUUGAUAUUUCAAAUAAAUAAUGCUGACAGAAU